GCCUCAAAAACAAGGCGGCGCCGACCGGACAGCCGUUGCGUUCGCGCUGGCCGAGCACGGACACUGAUUGAGCUUGGCAGGCGAGGCCGCGCUGUGCGCGCUGGGUACCCUGCAUUCGAUGCCUCCUCGUACGGACACCCAGUGAGAGAGUACUGCGAGCUACCACUGGACGUGGAACGGGGCGGUCACGGCGACACCGGCCUGUAAAGAAGCGCAUACACGAACCUUGACCGGCCGUCGUGGUGGCUUCCUGCCGGCAACCACAUUUUUUUCGAGUGGUCUCCCCUGGACGUCUUGGUCACAUGGCAACGACGUCGACACGUCCUUUGGCCGUGCUUGCUGCACUGGUGAUCUGCAUCGGCUGGAACCAGCAGUUUUAUGCCAGAGCACAAUUCAUCAAAGGAGGAGGCGUCAAGGGAUCCGUCAAAGGUGGCGAAGGAGAUAGCUUCCGACCUUUCAAAGACGAACUCGGUCUCGGGUUUUCCGGUAAUGGCGACAUCAAGGGGUUCUCAUCAGUGAAAGGCUCCCUCGGUGGCACCAAGGGAGGAGCGAUCAUGACCAAAGGUGGCACGUCAUCCUUCGGUUCUAAGGGAGGCUUUCGAUCGUCGUCUCUGAGCAGCAGUCAAAGCAAAGGCUUUUCGGAUUUCGUCAAGGGCGGCUUCAGUUCGAGCAAUCUUCAGCAAAGCCAGCAGUCCGCUGGACUAAAAGGUAUGAAAGGAAGCAUCGGGUCGAAAGGCGAGUCCAUGAAGGGAUCAAGACUAAGUCAAGAGCUUAGUCAGAUAAAAGGCAUCAAAGGUGGUCUGGAAGGUCAGUUGACGAAAGGAUUUGUUAAAGGCGCUUCCGCGAGCAAUUCCAAGCAGAGCCGGCAGUCAUUUGAAUUACGUGGCAUCAAAGGAGGUCAAGAUCUUCUUACUAAAGGCUCGACCAAAGGAGGUUCCGUGAGCAGCGUAUUGCAAGGCCAGCAAUCGAGUGAGGUGAAAGGUGCGAAAGGAAGCAGUAGCUUAAAGGGAAUUUCCGGAAGUCAGUUUGGAACGAAACAGUUCGCUAAAUCCGGCGCCUUCAGUGACCUUGCGCAAAGCCAAAAGCAAAGCAGCUCGGGAAGUACUAAAGGUAGUGAUGGCCUGAAAGGAAGCUUGCAAAGUCGUUUUGCUGAAAGAGAAUCCUUCGGCAGCUUGCAGAGCGGACAGAAGUCAACCGGAACGAAGGGCUUCAAAGGCGGCAGCGGUAAAUGGCUUGUGGAACAACAAACCCAGAAGUCACGACGUCUGGUCAAGGACAGCGGGGCCUUUGGUCUCGGUGGCAACGCUGAGCAGUCCACUAGCAUGAAAGGCUCGCUGAAGGGCGUAGCAGGAGCCGGGUUCCGACAGAAAACGCAGCAGUCUAGCCUCGAGCAUUUCGGUCACCAGGCGCACCAGGCUCGCUUCAGCUCUUCCAGGGUAAAUGGGAUUCUGAGAAGCGUGCACUUUCAAGGACCAACAGGCCAACAGAAGCACCACUCACAGCAAACUUUCAGUUCACAUAGGUGGGGCAGCAAGCAUGGCUUCGCUGCAUCGCAGCAGUCAUUUAGCAGUCAUCGACGGCAUUCCGGGGAGACCGGCCUACUGUUUGGUACGCAGCAGCAGCAGUCGAACAAGGGGACCGGAUUCCGUCAGAUAGGGAACAGCAAUCUCUUGCAGCAGAGUCAAAAGCAGAUCAGUCAGAGAGGGAAGAAUGCCGAGUCAUUCCAACGCGGAAGCGCCGAGAUGGCUGGCCAAGGACAGAGGCUGCAAAAGCAGGCGGCUGCUGUGUCGGGCUUCGGGUCUCCCUCGAAGGGCCAGCAACAGCGCGUCGGUCAAGCAAGCCAAAGUUCCUCACUCUCCCGAAUCCGCAAUGGCCAAGAAACAGCGCAGCAAGUGAUCGGCCAAAAAAGCCUGUCGGCAUCGAGUUUUAGCCCUGCACGAGCGGUCUCAGGGAAGUCGAAACUUUCCCUGGAGUCUGGGCUCGUUCAGGACUUGAGCUCUGCCGCGGCUUCGCAGCAGAAAGGUUCUAAGCAGCAGUUGCAGUCAAAUCAGGCUGCAAUGAAGAGAUCUUUCGCUCUUGGUUCUCUGAGUUCAGAGAACCAGCAGAAGUCCAUGAACGGACUGCUCCAGCAACAGCAACAGCAAGUGCAGCAGCAGAGGCGGUCCUAGCAGUGCCGUCAACCUAAUAUGGACAAAGUACAGGGCUUGGAAUUAUUUUCAGUGUGCACUUUUCUGAAAGGCAAACCAUCGUAUACCUCACUUUAAACCAAUAUGUGCAAUAAAAAUAAUUUCCUAAAUGCA